AUGACAAAAGAGAAUCCCUUACAAAUUGUGGACGUGUCGGAGGUGAACGACAAGGUGGCCAAUGAGCUCUUGGAUGCCGCUACCAGUCAAGGGUUCCUAAUGGUCGAAGGUCAUGGUUUCUCCAAAAAAGAAAUUGCGGAUUUAUUUCAAACCAGUAGUGAAUUCUUUGCUCAAGAGCAAGCUUUAAAGGAUCAGGUACCUUAUAAUCCAGCGACAAACCAUGGGUAUUCUUGGGAAGAGAAUUUAGAUCCUUCAAGAGGUAAGAAGGCUGAUCCCAAGGAAGCUUUGAACUUUGCUAAUUUGAAUUGUGAUAAGGGAACUUCAACAGAAGCUCUUCCACCCUUUUUUAUUGCUAAUCCCGAAAGACGUGAAUUGGUGGAGAAUACCAUUGCCAAGUUAUAUCAAUUAAGUAUCAAAUUACUAAAGUUGUUGGCUAUUGGAUUGGAAAUCGAAGAUACUAACGAGUGCAAGGGAGAAGAUUGGUUUGUUUCCAGAUAUGAUGCCGAAAAGAGUCUGGGGACUACCUUUAGAUUCUUGCAUUAUCCUUCACAAGGACUGCUUGAUCCAGACGAAUUAAUUAGAGCAGGUGCUCAUACUGAUUAUGGAUCUAUGACGUUACUUUUCCAAAAAGCCAAUGAGGAAGGCCUUGAAAUCUUAUCACCAGUUCUGAAGAAAUGGGAACCUGUUCCUUAUGUGGAAAGCAGAUCAAAGAACAAUGAAGAAGCUCCACCAAUCAUUGUGAAUAUUGCAGAUCAAUUGAGUUAUUGGUCUGGUGGAUUACUAAAAUCUACUGUGCAUAGAGUUAAGUUCCCACUUCAGUCUCAAGCUAAUAAUCAAGAUAGAUAUUCCAUUGUUUUCUUCUCUCAUCCAAAUCAUGAUGCUUUACUUGAACCAGUUCCUAGUGCUAAGAUUAGAUCCAUUGAAGGUAGAGGUCCUCAAAGUAAUGCGGGUAAAGUACUUACUGCGAAAGAGCACUUGGAUAAACGUUUAGCCGCAACGUAUAAAUAUUGA